GCACUUAGACAAAUCCAUUACCAUGUCAAACCACAGAACUGAAACUGUUGCCCUGAAAACUACCUGAUGAAGUGCUGAUCGAGCAGUUGGGAUCGCUGGAGUGUCGCCUCGGGGCUUGUUAAGUUAAACUACAAGCCUCAACAACAACAACAACAACAACAACAACAACAUGUUUGGUAAAAAGAAGAGAGCUCCGCAGCCCAGAGGCCAGGGAGCUGCUGCAGCCAAGCAGAUGGGUCUGUUUGUAGACCUGGACCCUGAGCAGAUGAUGAUGGGGAUGGAGGGGAAUCUGGACGACCCGGACUUGGAGGCUGAACUUGCUGCUAUCACUGGAAAUAAAUCUGCUGCUGGAGGAAGAGCCAAGCCGAAGGGGAAAAGCCCGCUGCCGAUGGAAGACAUCGCAAGAAUGGCUGACGAGUGUAUGAGAGAUGUGGAUGAGGACGAAGAGGACGGUGACCUGGAGGACGAUGAAGAUCUACUGGCAGAGCUACAGGAAGUGGUGGGUGAGGAGGAAGCUGAGGAUGCCGUCUCCCCCACAUCCUCUCUCACUGCUGAAUCUCCUCAAGCGGAAACACCAGAGUCUCCAGCGCCGCAGCAGAAGCAGCAGGAAGUGACGGCCCCCUCGGCAGCUCCCGGCAGCCCCCAGCACACCCUGGAGGAGAGAGUGGGCAUGUACAAGACGGCGUUACAGAACGCUAAAAGUGCAGGGGAGACCUCCAAAGCCCGCAGAUACGAGCGCGGCCUGAAGACUCUGGAGACGAUGUUAGCUGCUGUUAAAAAAGGCAGACCUGUGGACGAGGCGGGGAUUCCUCCUCCUGUGGCCACCGGAGCCCCGAGCGCCGCCUCUCGUCCUGCUGUUCCCCCUCGACCUGCUCCUCCCGCACCCUCACCUCCUGAGUCCGCUCCUUCAGAUCAGCAGGAGGAAUCAGAGGCCCCGCCUCCUCCUGUCGUACCGGAGAUCAUCACCCCCGGCAGCGAAGAGGAGCAGUCGUCGUCCUCCGCCGCGCUCACUCUGAGCACCAUCCCAUCACCAGAGGAGCCUGCAGACCAGCCUCGCCCCAGUCCAGGUGUGAACGAGGAAACCAGGACGCUGCUUUUGGAGAGGCAGAAAGAGUACAAGAUGGCAGCUCUGAGAGCCAAGAAGCAGGGAGAUCUGGAUCGAGCGAGGAUUUACUUCAAGACCAGCAAGAGGUUCGAUGCGGUGAUUGAGGCGUUGGAGAAAGGACAAGCGAUCGAUCUGAGUGGCCUUCCUCCGUCUCCAGAGCAGGGAACAGGAGGAAGCUCCGCUCCAGCGAAGGAACCUUCCUCUGCGCCAAACAUAGAAGUCACCCAACCAGUCGCAGCAGCUCCCGCCGCUGCCCCCCCAUCAGCCCCUGCAGCUCCCAAAGACGUGCUGGAGGCUCUCGAGCAGAGACGAGCCAAAUAUGUGGAGGCGUCCAAUCAGGCCAAAGCCAGCGGAGAAGACCGCAAGGCCCGAAUGCAUGAUCGAAUCGCAAAGCAAUACCAGAGCGCCAUCCGAGCUCACAAAGCCGGGAAGGCGGUCAACUUCGAGGAGCUGCCGGUUCCCCCCGGUUUUCCUCCGAUCCCGGGCCAGAAGGCGACAGGAGCCGAGCAGGGAUUGAUUGCAGCUCUGCAGGCAGCCGAUAAGCUCACCUCCAGUGACGCUGCUGAAGGAGCAGAAGAAGAAGAAGAAGAAGAAGAAGAGAAGGAGGAGUCUAAGCCUGCCGUUCCAGAAGAGCCAAGGAAACGCACGUUAGAUGUCCCCGCCGCAGGUCAAGGACGGAAAAGGUCUCCGUCAGCGUCACCUGACAGGACAGCCGCCAGAGAGGGACUCUCGCCAGCAGCGGUUCAGCAGCUGGAGUUCCUGGAGGGCAGGAAGAAGCAGUACAUGAAGGCGGCUCUGCAGGCGAAGCAGAAGAACGACAUGGAGCAGGCCAAGAUUUUCCUCCGCACCGCCAAAGGCUUCGACCCCAUGAUCGAGGCGGCACGCAGCGGCAAGACCAUAGACAUCAGCACGGUGCCGUCGCCCCCUGGUGACGAAGACGAGGACUUCAUCCUGGUUCAUCACGCCGACGUGCAGAUCUCAGAGAAAGCAGAGCAGCUUUACGCCCAACUCGCCAAAAUCCUCAAAGAGCAGCACGAGAAAUGUAUGACUCACUCCAAGCAGUUCACACACCUGGGGAACAUCACCGAAACAACAAAGUUUGAGAAGAUGGCAGAGAGUUGUAAGAAGAGUCUGGAGAUCUUGAAGCUGGCUCAGUCGAGAGGUCUGCCUCCUCCUAAACAUCACUUCGAGGAGAGAUCGUUUCACACCGUCAGGAUAUUUCCGGACCUGAGUAGCACCGACAUGGUCGUUGAAAUCGUCAAAGGGAUGAAUCUUCCUGCUCCAAGCGGAAUCCAAACAAACGAUCUGGAUGCAUACGUCAAGUUUGAGUUCCCCUACCCGAACUCGGAGCAGCCGCAGAAACACAAAACAGCCGUCAUCAAGAACACAAACUCCCCCGAAUAUAACCAGAGCUUCACUCUGACGAUCAACCGUAACCACCGCGGCUUCAAGAGGGUGGUGACGUCUAAAGGCCUCAAACUGGAGCUGUUUCACAAAGGCGGCUUCCUGCGGAGCGACAAGCCGAUCGGGACGGCCCUCGUAAAGCUGGAGAAACUGGAGUCGCAGAGUGAAAUCAGGGAGAUCGUAGAGGUGAUGGACGGUCGUAAGCCCACAGGAGGUCGUGUUGAAGUGAAGGUGCGACUGCGGGAGCCUCUGAGCGGGCAGGACAUGCAGAAGAGCACCGAGCGCUGGCUGGUGAUCGACCCCACACAGGUUCUUGUUUAGAUGCUGCUGAAAGAUUAAAGAUUUGACAGGAUGAAAGAUUAAAGGCACUCAAUCAAAAGCGCUCAGAGGACGGAGUUUAUGAUGAGGACGGAGUUCAUGAUGAGGACGGGCUGUUGUUCGGCGUCUCAGACCUUCGCGGGUCUUUGACUUGUUUGAAAACUUUUGCACAUUUGCGAGACACGAGAGCUCCCUUUGACACUGCAGUCCACCAGGAGGAGACACGGAGCUGGUUUACGGUGGGUCGGCUGGUCUGUCUGGCUUCAGUCCGGCUCCAGCUGAUGGACAAAUACUUGUCCACACGGAUGGACGGGUUGUUCUCUUGUUUGUCUCUUCGCUGGUGAUUCACGCAGAGUGAAUGCAGAUAGAAGCUCGUGAUGCAGCAGAGCAGACGAGGCGAAGCCUCCUUCAAUCAGAAGAAAAUAUUCAGGGAACAAUCACGAGGUGCUUUUUAUUGUGCGAACUUGUGCAUCAGUCGAUCCCAGUCGGCCCAAACUGAGGAUCUUAAUUAUCCUUAAAUGCAAGUCAAGUCUGUAUUUGUGCACAUUUUCUGAAAGCUCACAGACACGGACGAAAUGGAGCUGUAACGCCAGAAAUCACAGGGACGGUGCAGCAUAUUUAAGAGCGAUUUGACCUAAAAACGACAGAAUAGAGAGAAUCGGUUAUUCAGUGAAAAUACUUCUAUGCCCACAUGUUGCGCGCACAUCCAGACGACUGAAAAACAGACGCUGGACAAGAGAUAUUACAAUUAGGGGUCGACUGAUAUCGGUAUUUCAGGGCCGAUACCGACGCUGAUUAUUAAGUUAAUGAGAGCGAUUAGCAAUAUUUUGAGCAGAUUACAGUGGAAAUGAAAAUCUUUAGAAUUUGUAAUAUAACAAACUUCAACACCAAUUUUUUUUUUAAAUGCAUUUAGCAAAUAUUUAAUCUAAAUGAAACCAUUUUACAUCAUGUACAGCAAUUUCCCUGCAACUUUUUUUUAAUAAAGUCAAGUAAAAAUAAAAAAUAAAUAAAAAUAGCUCCCUGAGGUUUAACA